CCGCUGGUCGCUCUCUCCUCGCUCUGGCUCCCUCCCACCGCCCAGUCAGCCGCAAACAUGGCAGCGGCCGCUCGCAGGUUCUGCGCUGCGGUGGCCGCUCUGACGACGACGCGGAACGGUCACAGGCAUAAAUAAGAGGGACCAGUCCACUUUUCCUUUACCUCCUCCCCCUUCCUCUCCCUCCCACCUCCACUAAUAAUGUGGAAGCUCAGCAAGAGCAGUAAAGUUCUCCUGGAUGAUUCACCAGAGGAAGAAGAGAGCCAUCGGCAUGAUACACCAUCUCCACCAACUCCAGCAGGCACCUUUUCAGCUCAGAAUAAGAACAAGGAUCCAUGUCUUCAGGAUGAGGUAACAUCUUCUGUUUCACAACUUGCAACAAAGGUUCAAGGUGCAGGUUUUCGGGGUUGGAAAGAAGUAACAUCCAUAUUUAAUAAGGAUGAUGAACAACAAUUAUUAACAGGAUGUAGAUCUCCAAAAUCUAAAGGAACAAAUAUAAAACCUAAAGAGGAUUUGAAAUCAGAAAAGAAAGCUGGAUUUUGGGACAGCUUGGUGAUAAAACAGAACAUCCAUUCCAGGAAGCCAGAUGAGAUUGAAGGAUGGGAGCCCCCCCAGAUUCCUGCCAGUGACCAUCUCAAAGAUACAGAAAGUACUUUAAGUGACUAUUCAUCUUGGUCAGGCUGGGAAGAUGAAACCAAAGGCUCUACAAAGUACACAAACCUGGAAAGCUCAGGAAAUAGUUCAAGGUGGAGUAUUAAAUCAGCUGGAAGGUUGGUUAGCAUUAGGCGACAAAGUAAAGGUAACCUUACUGAUAACUGGGAAGAACUAGAAUGAUAUGAAGGAUUAGUUAUGGCAAAAUAGAACAUUUCAGCUUCAGAGUAUUCCAUGUUUUUCUGCAAGAAUAGCCAAUCUGAAUCUGGGAUGGGUGCAUGCAUUUCUAAAAUCAUAAGAUCUAGAAUAUCACGAACUUGUUCCACAAACCCCAGAACGGUUGGAUCAACCCAUUCCACAGGAAGAAGUAAAGCAAUGUUUUGUUUUGCAUGUAUCUCAAAGGAUGUGGAAUGUUCUAAAAAUUGUUUUAGGUUAGAUGAUUUAUGUCUACACUUAAACCAAAAUCAGAACACUGCAUAUUUUUACAGAACUGCAUUAUUCAAAUUCUCUAAUAGUUGACUCAUUGGUUUCUUAGCCCUUCUAUUUCCUCACUGAACAAAGUUAACAUCAACUUUGUGCCUGUAAUUUUCACAUUCAUGUUGUCUGUCAUCUUGAGUUGCUGUUUAAAAACUUUAAUGAUUGUAUACACACUGGUUGAAUAUUGACUGCGUUAAUGUAAGAUUUGGAUUUCUUGAACAUGAGAUAACAUUUUAUUUUUUGAAUGCUUUCCCCGUUUUGUGAAAAUGCUGGUUUGUAGCCGAUACCUCAUUGUUCCAGCUUUACAUUGCUUUCUUGUUCUUAGCAUGAACAUUUGAUUCUCAGGCUGACAUGUCAGAAUUCUGCAUUUUUCUAAAAUACUGAAUCAAACAUGAAGUGCAAGAACACCAAUGUUUUUAUUCUGUUGCAAACAUGUCACAGAUGCUACUGUAUAUUGUGGUAUUGAACUAUUACUCAGCUAAAGCAGAAGUGCAGUCAUCCCAAACCAUAUACCAUAAACACAACUCAGUUGCCAGCUUAAGCACAAAUUAUAUACUUUAGUACUAAAGUAGCUGCAUGUAGUUUGGCUCCACUUCAUUGCAGAAAUAGAAGCAAGAACUCAUCAUCUGAGCAAACUUGAGUAAUAUGGAUGCUUUUCAGGUUGCUGCUACUCCUCAGCUGAGUCAUUGUAUAUAUUACCAUCAUUACAUAUUAUUAGGUAUUUUUUUGGCUGUUGUAUGAUUUAGAAAACUAAGAAAUCAAGCCUUUCAGAAAAUCCAGCCUAUAAGAAAUGUUAUCACUCGGUUUAUACUUAAUCCUUUUAGAAAUUGCUUUUUAAUCUUUGUCCUCAUGUUUCUUAAACUACACAAGCCUCUAUUUUUGCUGCUGUGUAGGAUUUGAUUGGUUAUGCUCUUCCUUUGCAUUUUCAUGGUGACAAACAUUCUGUCCUGGCUGUGUAUAAACGCUUAUUUUAAUUUGCUGUUAUACAAUUUAGAUACUGAUUGCUGCUCAUUUUAUUACUGAAAAAGAACAAUCCUUCUUAGUGCAAAAAGAAGAGAGGAAAUGUACUCUAACACUAAUGUAGGGGUUCUCUCCCCUACAGGAUAUUUUUAUAUAUACAUUUAUUUAAAAUUGUCCCGUGUAUGAGCUUAGCAUGAUAGAAGACACUGUAAUUUAGUAGGCAUAUGUGCCACCAUGAGAGAAGAAAGUGAUGAAAUUACUUUAUUUGAACAAGUUCCUUCAAAUCAACAAGGAAAUACAUCAGAUAAAUGUUUUUUUGCAUUCUUCAUCAUAAGCAUCUUUUCCAUUCUUCUGAACACUCCAUGUAGGAAGUUCCCUCAAAGUCUAGAGAUUAAACUUGCUAAAAAUUAUUUUACAUAAAAUAUGUCCUUGUGAAGGGAAUACAAUAAUUUUGAAUUGGAGAAGACAGUUAUAACUAAAUAAGAAGCUACCAAAGAGCCAUUGCUCAACUAUUUCUACUAAUGAUUUGAAAAAUGAAGAAAAUAUUAAAAGUGCCUUGAAUUAUAAUAGCUUGCUGUAGAGAUGUUUGGUUAGAGAAUUUCACUGUUUUCUUGCUCUUCCUUAAAAAGCUUUGAUUUUUUGAUUUGAGGUUCUACAAAAUGAGUAUCUAAUCUAGGAUGGUAGCAUAUUUCUUGCCUCUUAAUUAUCAGUCCUUAGUUGAUACUGAUACUGAGCAUAUAUGUCACUGCUUAUAUAAUGACCUGUUUAGCAAUAUAGAUACUACAAAUCUAUGUUCAGAAUUACUUUUCAAUAAUCAGCAGGUUGUUUUUAAGGACUAUUUUAUAACUAUGCAGAACAUUUCCAAGGUAUAGUUUCUCCCCACAAGUUAAUGCAUCAAAUUAUAUUAAAAAUUAAAAUAUACUGUACAGACAAAAAUGAUGGCUACAGUCCUGAGAUAUAACAGAUACCUCUCAAUAAUACACCAAGAUUUUAUAGCCUUCCUCCACCAUGUCAGUGCUAUCUUAUAUCUUUGAGCAUACAUAAUUUUUCCUUGCUGCUGCAUUGCACUUUGAGAUGCCCCUAUGCCAAGCAGUAUCUUGUGAUCAGGUGACUCACAUGCAGGUUGCAGAAUUGGGGAAUUAGGCUGCCACAACUAGCCUGAACCUUGGAAUUGGGCUAUUAAGAUACCCUUUUUGAUUUUUCAUUUGUUUCUUCUGACAGAUGUAUUUCAAACUAAUGGCAUCUGCCCUAUGUUGAAGGAAAUUGACAACAUUUUUUUUUUCUUUUCAAAAACUAAAUUGUAAAAUUAUAGCCUAAACACAGUUGCUAUGGCAAACUACAGCAUUUUCCUUUGGAGGAAUGGGAUUUUAUAGUAGCAUUAUAACUGAACCAGUAAUUUAAAAACAGAUUUGUUUGGGCAAAUUAAAACAGUAUUCAGACCAAUGAGAGUAAAUUGGUAUAUUAAGACGAAUUUUAAGUUCAGAGAAAGCAUUAAAAAUAUGUAUAUUCCAUUGAAAGCAAUUUACUACCUGACUGUCUAGUUUGUGCCCUAAUUUCUUAAAAUUAGUUGGAAGUAACUCCAGAAUAUAGCCAUUUUCUUUAUGCAAAGAUCUCUGUAGCUUACAGUUUAUGGAAGAUCUCCAUACAAAAGAAGCAAAAGUAUGUUGGCAUUGAGAUCUGACAUAGAAACAAAUCCAGGAGUGAAACUCAAGAGAGUCAAAUAUGUAGUCUUACCAUUUAUGGAAGCUUUUAUAUACUGUGACAAAUAGAGGUUCUGCCUUGCGUAUUAUACCUGUUAAGUGCCUGUAUUUCACCUUGAUGUCAUUUCUGUGAUACCCAGCUUAAUUUCAUGUAGGUGUAACAUUCACACGUUUGUUCUAUAAUGAUGGAUAGAAUUACAAAGCUAAAUCCUAAUUGUAAAACAAAUUCCAACACCUCGAUCCUAUGUGUUGGCUUAAGCUGUUGUGUUAUAAAUAAUGAGUUGUGAUGAUGAAGCUGAUCUACCUGAAAAGCAGAACUGAUAUGGAUGGUUUUGCCCUACUGUUGCAAAAGCUGUUUCUGUUCAUUGGUCACAGUCACAUGACUGGCAAUCCUUUGAUACAGCCUUCACAAAACCCAUGGACCACAACUCAUUCCUGUCUGCCUACACUGCAGAUUAUGUGUUGAGUGAUGGCUCUCCAUAGGAAUUCUAAAGUGCUGUCAGUUGCUAUGCUGGAUCCUUUUGUGAGCAGGAAUGUGCAAUAUGGUCUGCCUUCUAUUUGGUCUUAAUGCUGGAUCCUUUGUGCUCUGGAAGUAGAUAAAAAGUCCGAAGGUCAGGCCUAAAAUAAGAAUUUGAGAUAUAUAAGGUAUUGCCUAGUUUAUUAAAGCUAUGGAAGUUUUUUUUAUAAAAAUGAAUAGAGUCUAUCAGAAUUUGCACGCUGUUGUAUCAUUGAUUUCCAUCUGUUUAAUGUUCUCAUCAAAAUUCAUGGGAUAUAAGUGUCCUUCACUUUGGCUGGUUUAUGUCCAUGUUUUCCUAAAGCAGAACUACUUAAUUCUUAAAGGCAAUGAUUAAAUUUUAAUAUAAUUUAUUGAUGUGCUUUUGUAGAUUUUUAAAAUAUAGUUUUCCUGGUCAGUGUUUGUUUGCUUGACAACUUAUUAUUUGCAUUUUUCAUGUAUCACUACUUUGAUAUGGGUCAGCCUUCCUUUAAACAAUACAUGCCUUUUUUCUAACUAUUUGAUUUUAAGUAUAUUAGUUUUAAAAAUACACAGUUUUAAGAUUGCACAAAUGUAAUGAUUCAUAUGUUGUUUAUGUUGCCUUUUCACUGCAUCUAUGCAUAAUUCUUGGCUUGAAGUCAAUGAAGGUGAAAUGCUUUAUGUGACUUUAAUUAGUCACUUAAUGCUCGUGUUUCCUUUUCUGUAUUUUAUUAGUUUCACUUAAAAAUAGUAUUUUCACAGAUGAAUAAAAACUUAA